AUGGCAUCCCUCAUGCCACUGAAGGAUAAGAAGCUCAUGGAGGUUAAAUUUGGAAAGAUGCCAAGCUGGAUAUUGAUGCAGAAUUUCACCUGCAAUGGCAUAGUGGGAGCCUUUCAGAGAGGUUCUGACCCGUAUUACAAGUACAGCCACGUGCAGAAAGGCAGCAUCUUGGGGAUUAACAUGAUGCUGGCAGCCUACGUGGUUUUCAGCUAUUGCAUUUCUUACAAGGAACUCAAACAUGAGCAGCAAGUACCACUGAAGGGUCAAUGGAGGGCACUACACACCUGA